AUGCAGCCCCUGCUGGUGUUGAGCACUUUAUGCCUUCUGGGUGAAGUUGGAGAACUGGAGGCUGGUGACGGACCUGUCUGCUUUACAUCUGGCAGGUCUGAAACGCUGCAUCCCAAAUUCUUUCUGACGCCAGGCUCUGAUGUUUGUCUUUUAGGUGGAGGCUUUAGGUCCCCAGACGGUGGAGGAUUUCGAGGCAGAGGUGGCGGGAGAGGCACCCCAAGAGGAAGAGGAGGCAGAGGAGGAAGGGGCGGUGGCAGAGGAGGUUUAGGAGGAGGGAAAAGAGUUCUGAUCGAGCCUCACAGACAUGAAGGAGUGUUUAUCUGCAGAGGGAAGGAGGACGCCUUGGUCACCAAGAACUUGGUGGUGGGAGAAUCUGUGUACGGAGAGAAGAGAAUGAGUGUGGAGGAUGGAGAGACCAAGAUUGAGUACAGAGCCUGGAAUCCUUUCCGCUCAAAGCUGGCAGCAGCUAUACUAGGAGGAAUUGACAAGAUCCACAUCAAACCUGGAGCUAAGGUCAUGUACCUGGGGGCCGCCUCUGGGACCACCGUGUCCCACGUCUCAGACAUUGUUGGACCGGAGGGGCUGGUCUAUGCAGUGGAGUUCUCCCAUCGAUCGGGUCGUGACCUUCUCAAUGUGGCAAAGAAACGCACCAAUAUCAUUCCAAUCAUUGAAGACGCCAGGCAUCCACACAAAUACCGCAUGUUGGUUGGCAUGGUGGAUGUCAUUUUUGCCGAUGUGGCCCAACCUGACCAGACGAGGAUUGUUGCUUUGAAUGCUCACAACUUUCUGAAAAAUGGAGGACACUUUGUUAUCUCAAUAAAGGCCAACUGUAUAGACUCCACAGCAGCUCCAGAGGCAGUUUUUGCUUCUGAAGUGAAGAAGAUGAGUGCUGAGAACAUGAAGCCACAGGAACAGCUGACUCUGGAGCCCUAUGAGAGAGACCACGCUGUGGUGGUUGGCAUCUACAGACCUCCACCUAAACAGAAGAAAUGAGGUGUGGAAAAUGAACAGAAGGCAUCACCAUCAAGUUGAACCAAAUCUCUUUCAAGUUGCCCUCCUUCUCAAUCUCUGUCGACCUGACAGAGGUACAGCUCUGAGCCACCUUUAGCUUUCUAACUCCAUUUAGUGGGAAUACCAUUCAGUUCUUCCACAGCUGUUGUUUUAUCAUAUGUAACACAUACAUUGUACAUAAAUUUAUGUAAAAUAUGAUUUGCCCUGUCUCUCUGUCUAAGCCUUUUCAAAACUAAUCAAACUUUUAAAAGUUAACUAGAUUUUAUAAAAUACAUUGGUAAAUAAAAACACAUUUAAAUCCAAAGUACAUGUAAUUGAGUUGAAACAUGACCACAGACUUGAAAAUCCACAAACGGUUUGCUUCUGCGUUCUUUUCCGAGUCUAAACGCAGCAUUGUCUGAAGUGUCUAUGAACCAUUCUCCGGGGAAACACAAGAUAAAAACUUCUUGGCUGGACUCCUUUGUUUUUCUUCUGCUGUCUGUGGCAUGGAUAUCUUGUAGAUAAAAUAGUGACAGACCAAAAAUUCUGGAGGCAGUUUGCACAAUUAUUGAUGGUGUAGGUAUAUUACCAAACCACAUCAGUCUGCAUGCAGUAAGGAUAGUUUUAUUACUGACUGGUUAAAUUGAGGGCUUUAGUGUGCAAUUCUACAGUUAUAAUAGUGGAAGCACAUUAUAUUAAUACCAAAUUAGUCUCUCUCUUCUGACAAAAUUUGCCAAAGUGGAGAUGAAUGUGUAAAGUUAUUUCUUUGAGAGAAACCCAAAUCCCAUUGCUGUCAUCACACUGUUGGCCAAAGGAUGUAGAUGUGUCAUGUAACCUUUGUUGUGAUACCAGCGUUUUGAAUUUUGGGAUGUUUGGUUUGACAGAUAGUUGACCUGUAAAUGGGUCUUUUGGGAAAAAAAAUUGUACAGUUUGUCUCUAGCUCAAGGAUGAGUCAUUAGGGAAAAUUGCUUGAUGUAGUGAUUCUUUGGCUAUUCAUUUUUACAGCCAAAGAUUUUUCUUGAUUUUUUUUUUCUUUUUAAUAAAAAAUAUUUUGGGUUUAAUAUUUCA